AUGGAUUAAAGUGCUUAGAAAUAAAUUAAGACGCAACGCGAACGCGGUGUUAGCUAAAUAGCCAAUGCUAAUCACUAACUAAUAACGUUAUCAGAUCUUUCCUAACUCUGCUGCUAGCCAACUCUGCUUAGUUAAGUAAGGUUAACGUUAGCGUAGCAUUCUUUAGCUAAUAGCUGGCGUUACCCGACCUGUUAAGUGAGGAUAGCCAAUGAAACCUGCUAGGUAGUUGAAAUGAAUUAAUACGACGAGGGGACUAAGCAAAGUGAACAUGUUUUAAAUAUGCUCACUGGGACUGGAACAGCCUAUUUAAGCAGUCGUCACAUACAUACAAUAGAGAUUGAAAAUGAUUAGAUUUGCUUCUGGAAGACGCAUACUUUCUUGGGUUCCAGUAUGGAGAUGUCUUCAGCAGAUACCCAGAGCACCAAACUACAAAACAGAAGCUCAGCUGCGGUUUCACUCUCAAUCCUCAGUGUUAAUGCCAUUCAGACAAACUCCCAUCAACAGGUUGUUGAGCAUCAGGCCCGUGAGCUGGCCUGCCUCACGUCUCUGCCAUGGUGAUUCACGAGGCACCUCAGAGAAAAGCAACAGUAAAGAGGGUUUCAGUUUGAGGGCCCUCACCCAGGCUCCCAAACCAGCUCUUUACCUCGGUUUCUCUGGGCUCCUGCCUUUCCUGUCUGCACCUCUCCUGAUGGCUGCCACACAGUCCUUUUACCCUGAACUGGCAUAUGCUCAAGUGGUCUACGGAGCCUCUAUAGUCUCCUUCCUUGGAGGUGCCCGCUGGGGGUUUGCAAUCCCUGCCGGUAGUCCUGCUCAGCCUGACUGGAUGAACUUGGGCAACAGUGUGGUGCCUUCACUUCUGGCCUGGCUGGCACUGCUGUGCAGGGACAAUAUUGCAGAGGGAGCCCUGGUAGUUCUUAUGGGACUGGGUCUCUCUCUUCACUAUGACCUGACCCUGCUGCCUGGCUACCCCGACUGGUUCAAAGCCAUGCGAACUCUCCUCACUCUGGUCGCCACCUUCUCACUGGUGGCUACCCUGACAAUUAAAAAAUUCUGCGCUGAGAAGAAUAUCAAACAGAUUUAUAACUGAUUUAAGAGGACAGUUUGUACCUUGAGCCACAAGGUCUCAAUAAAAAUGUAAAAUUAAA